AAGACUUCCUAAAAUUAGUCUUCAUGUGGUUGGAAAAACAAAUUCAAAACCCUUGAAACUCUUGUUCUCUAGUUUCUCCCCCAAAAAACUUCCAUCUCCCUCUUUUUUUCUCUCUCAGAUUUCAACCUUCAUUCACGCCUCUAAUGCAAACCCUAAUUUCUAGCUUCCAUAUUUCUUUGUCUUAGGGUUUGACUGUUCUUCGUCCUUUCUUACAACAUUAUUUUAGGGAUUUUUUUUGCGUUUUUUUUUCUGUUUUAAUCUCAAAAAAAGAUGGUUGCUUUGAAGAGUGAAGGUGGGACUCAAACUUUUACAGCUAAAGUUAGAGAAAUUAUUCAAUCCAUCAAAGAAAUUGUGGGUAAUCAUCCUGAUUCUGAAAUAUACAGUAUCCUUCAAGAAAGUAAUAUGGACCCCAAUGAAACUGCUCAGAAACUCCUUAAUCAAGAUCCCUUUCACGAAGUGAAGAGGAGACGAGAUAAGAAAAAAGAGAAUGUAGAUUACACCAAUCACUUUGAGCAGAGGAAUCAUGCUGAGAAUAUAGGUCAAAGGUUGAAACCAUAUGCUUCUGAUCGCAAUGUUCGCAGAGGGAGUUACAAAAGGAGUUCUGUACAUGAUUCUGGAAUAAGUCGGGAGUUUCGUGUUGUGCGAGACAACAGAGUUAAUCAGAAUUCUGAUAGAGAAGCUAAGUCUUCGACUCACGUAUCAUCAUUGGACAAUGUUCAGCGGCUGAAUGAUAUUUCUGAGAAGAGUUCAUCUGUGGCUUCUAACAACCAAAGACAUUGGGGCAGUCGAUCUUAUCAAAAGCCUAAUGGGGUGCGUAAUUUUCGACCUAAAGUGGCUCGGGACUCUCAUUCUGAUGCUCGAAAUGGUUAUUAUGAGAAGAAAUCAGCUGUUAUGGGCUCUGAAUCACAGGACACCGUGACGAAGCCAAACAACUUGCACUCCCAAGCUGGUAGCAAUGUAUCUUCCAAUGCUGUAGGUGUUUACGCGUCUGCUUCAGAUCCAGUGCAUGUUCCUUCUCCUGAUUCUAGAUCUCCAGCGGCUAUCAGUGUUAUAAGGCGUGAGGUUGGGGUUGUUGGCAGUCGUCGACAGCCUUCAGAUAGUAGUUCAAAGCAGUCUCUACAGCAAGGUUCAAUUAAUAAUCCACUAUUGAGUAGCCCAUCUAAAACAGAAUCUUUUCAGCAGACAUGUGUUGUCUCUCGAAAUGAUUUAGCUCAUGCCACUGCUGUAGAAUCUGCUGUGGUCAGUUCUACUGGAAGCAGAUCAAGCAGUCACUUUGGUACUAGAAUGCAUCAGCAAUCUGUUACUCAUCAGAAAGGUGCCUUGCCUGGUAAAGAAUGGAAGCCAAAGACAAACCAGAAAGCCAGUGUUUCAAGUCCAGGUGUAAUUGGAUCACCUGUGAAAUCUGUUUCCCAACAGGUUGAUAAUUCUAAGAAUGAUGAGAGAGAAGUAGAUCAGUUAAAGGAUAAGCUCUCGCAAGUAAAGAUCCAGGAUAGUCGAAACGUCAUCAUAGCCAAGCACAUUCGGGUUCCUGAGAAUGACCGUUGUAGGCUGACAUUUGGAACUUUUGGUGUAGAAUCAGAUGACAUUGAGAACCCUGAUUCCAAUUUUGAAGCAGUUGAUGACAUUGACGAAUCGAUGGCACAAUCUCAUAGCAACCUGCAAACAAGCUCUGUUGAAGAUCAAGUUCACAAUUCUGAAUCUAGUAGUCCAUCAGGUGGAUCAUCGGAAAAUCAGUCGCCUGAAAAAAAGGAUUCAUGUGGAAUUUCCAGCACAGAUGAGUUCAGUGAUAUGGGUUUGGUCCACAACAGUCCAACUCUGGCUGCUUCAAAGUCACAACAGCAACAGGAGGCUGCUGAACUACCCAACUUUUCCGCAUAUGAUCAGCAAGCAGUUUAUGACAUAUCAUACUUUAGGCCUUCUAUUGAUGAUGCCGUACGCGGAUCUGGUCUGCCGUCUCCCCAGGAGGUUAUAUCUUCACAAGCUGCCAACAAUGUCGUCACAUCUUCUGUAGGAAUAAUGCAGCAGCAGCAGACUCCUAUGGCUCAGAUGUAUCCGCCAGUCCAUGUUUCACAUUACGCCAUGCAAUAUCGGCAGUUAAUUCCUCCAGUCUAUGUUCCUCCAAUGGUUCCUGGGUUUUCCGGUAACCCGGGCUAUCCUCACCUCUCUAAUGGAAGUAGUUAUGUUUUGAUGCCCGGUGGUAGUUCCCAUCUCCCAGCAAACAGUCUCAAGUACGGAGUUCAACAGUUUAAACCUUUCCCUGUUGGUAGUCCUGCUGGCUUUGGCAAUUUGGCAAAUCCUUCUGGUUAUGCCAUCAAUGCUCCUGGAGUGGUUGGUGGACCUACAAGCCUUGAUGAUUCAUCCCGUCUCAAGUACAAAGAUAAUAAUCUUUACAUUCCAAAUCCACAGGCCGAAACUUCAGAAGUUUGGAUUCAAAACCACCGGGAAAUCCCCGGGAUGCAAUCAACUCCAUAUUUCAACAUGCAAGGGCAAACAGCCCACCCUGCUGCCUAUUUACAGUCACACACAGGUCAUGCCUCUUUCAAUGGUUCAGGAGUAACACCAUCAUCCCAAAUGCAAUUUACGGGAAUGUAUCCUCCUCAACCUGCUGGAAUGCCGAAUGCUCAUCAUAUGGCGAGUGGUAACAUUGGAGUUGGUGUCGCUCCACCAACUCCCGGUGCACAAGUCGGCACCUACCAGCAGCCUCAACUCAGUCAUCAUCUCAAUUGGACAGCAAACUUCUAAGAAACUAAUCCAUAUCCAAUAUCCAUGCUUGCUACUGUUGCGAAUGGAUUAUUUAGGUACAGGUUCCCAAUUUUCUUGUUAUAUUAUGACACCCAACUCUUCAAUUUUUAUUUAAUAGAAUAUAUGGUGUUCAUCU